UCUUACUUUGUUUUUGCUUACAAAAUCACUUCUUGGACAGAGCUCCUCUGUUACCUGCUUCUGCCUUAUACUUCUACUUCUUCUUCUUCAUAAAAGGGUUAUACAUACAUACAUAAAUACGUACAAGAAUGGAAAGAUUGAACUCAGAAUUGUACUUACAAAACUGUUACAUAAUGCAAGAAAAUGAAAGGCUAAGGAAGAAAGCACAACUACUGAAUCAAGAAAACCAACAACUUUUAUCAGAAUUAAAACAGAGACUUGCAAAGAAACCAAACAAAGGAAAACAGAGUAACAAUUCCUCUGUUUCAGACCAAUUCAAUCCUUCCAAUUCUAUGUCUUAGAAGCUUCUAGAAAGUUCCUAGAAAUGGAAGCAUCCAUCCUUUUGGGUCCCACCUUCCAAUACUAGUUAGCAGUUGUAAUAUGUUUUUGGUAUUUUGGGUAUUUUUAUUUUGUUUCUGCCUUUUGAUGUAAGAAGAUUUAGUCAUAAAAUUUUAUAGGACAGAAGGAAAAGGCAGAAUAGUAGGUAGAUAAUAUUUUAUUUUUAUUUUGCUGUUAUGGGGGGUUCUAAACUAAUUUAAUGGUGUAUUAAUUAACUUAGUUAUUGCUUAUUACUAUAUAUUAGAAAAUAUGUAUCACUAUUUAAUUGUUAGUUUAAUGGUUUUUGAGCUUCUUAUGCUCUUACUUAAUUUAAGUUUGUAAAUUUACUUUUAUGAAAUUGGAAUGAUGGAAUAUU